CUUUCAGCUCGAUCCGGUUGUUAGACCUAGGGAGCCUCCCCAUAUCAGAGGUAUAUGUUUAGACAAGAGUGUCCCCCAUAGUUUUUGCUAGGUCGGUUCCAUCCGCCUUGCAGCAUGGUCAUCGAUGACAUUGAACCCAUUCGCGCUCAACUUGCGUCUCAUAUUCCUGCAACUCGGAAACGCAUCAUCACUUGAUUCGCGUGCUGUGAGUCUGGGCAACAAGUUAAUAUCAUGGCCCUGAUACACGGCAUCGACUACUCGGUUGUCAAUCCCGACAACAAGUGGAAGAUGCUGAGAUCGCAGUCGCGAUUCGCGCUUUGGGCACUCCUGAUCUCGUCUGGCGUUGUCAUGCAGGGCUUCGACAUUGUAGCCGGAGGACAGCUCGCUGCCAUGCCCGCAUUCAAGGAAACGUUUGGAGUGCUGCAGGGCGACGGCAGCUACCUGAUCCCGGCGCACUACCUCUCGGCCUGGAACUCGAUCGCCCCGGCUACGGAGAUCGCCAUCACUUUCAUUUUCGCCCCGCUGCUCGAGAAGUUCGGUCGAAAAUGGGGCAUCCUGACCGCAUCGCUCAUUUCGGCCGCCGGCGUCGUCCUCCAACAGCUUGCCACAGAUUGGAGGACGCACUUGGCCGGCAGGGGCGUCAACGGUAUCGCCAUCGGCAUGAUGUUUACCAUCUCUCCGCUCUGGAUCGGCGAAACCUGUCGUCCGGAGCUCCGCGGCUUCUUCCUCUGCUUCUUCAACACCAGCAUCGUCCUGGGCCAGUUCGCCAUCGUCAUUGUCUCACAGGGCAGCAGCCACAUCUCGGGCAAGUGGCAGUGGUGGCUGCCCGUCGUCGCUAUGUACACCUUCCCCUUGAUCCUGACCGCCGCAUGGCCCUUCUUCCCCGAGUCGCCAUACUGGCUCGUCCGCCGUGGCAGGCGAGAGGAGGCCAAAAAAGCCCUGCGCCGCAUCUACGGCUUCGAGGAGCAGGGAUUCUACGAGAUUGAAGCGACACGCAUAGAAGAGGAGAUCCGUCUCACGAGUGAUCUGCACGGCCACGUCGAAGCAAAACCUCCCAGGAGGAUCCUGGGUGUCAACGUGGAGCUGGAAGCCGAAUGCUUCGACCCGACCAACCGCAAGCGCACCCUGACCGCCAUCUUCGCAGCGUCCGCGCAGCAGAUGAUUGGUGCCACGUUCGUCAUUGGCUACGCGACGUACUUUUUCGAACUCAUCGGCAUCAGCAACUACUUUGCGGCCUCGAUGGCUCUGUACGCCGUCAUGCUCGCCGCUAGCAUGUCGGCAUUCCCCCUCACGGAGAUCUACGGCCGCAGGUUCCUGAUCGUCGGUCCCCAAUUCAUGCUCUGCUUCAUGGUUCUGAUCAUUGGAAUCUUGGGGUGCGUCCCGGACAAGACCAAGUCUAGCUGGGGCAUCGUCGCCUUGCUGUAUAUGUGGGCCCUCAUCUACCAGCUCUCCAUCGGCGCUACCGGCUUUGUACUGGCGUCCGAGAUCGCGACUAUGAGACUUCGGGCGACGACACAGGGUCUCAUUACCGUCACCAAUGCCGCUUGGGGCCUGAUCAUGCAGUUCACGGUCCCGUACAUGAUCAACCCCGAUGCCGGAAACUUGGGCGGCAAGGUUGGCUUUAUCUUUUUGGGGACAGGGCUGAUGGCGGCCGUCGGGGGCUGGUACCUGUUCCCCGAGACAAAGGGGCUUUCCUUCGAGAAGCUGGACGAACUGUAUGCCAUGAAGGUGCCCCCGAGGCUAUUCAGGAGCGUGGCGGCCGAGGGCACCAACCGAUAUAACGGAGGAGAGCUUGUUGAUGUAACGGUCCCAGGAGUAUAUUGCAACUAGCUGGUGACGACUCUACGAGUUUGCCUCGAAUGGAGAAAGAAGAAGAAAGGAGAGAACUAGAUGACAGGAAGAGAGGGCAGCUCUUAUAUGCUCCGGAACACACAGACACUGCCUGACCUCAGGAUGACGUUAUCAUGAUAUCACGGCCGAGGGUUGCCGAGGCCAUCAUGGGCUCAGCCCAUCACAGUUGACAAGGAAGCGGGUGUUAGUGUGCAACAUAUUUGAGCCGCAACCAUUGAGAGUAGCAUAGGCUGGCAACGUCAAGACCUAACGGCC